CUAGUGUGAACCAGGCAAAUGAAAAGAUAGCACGUAUUGAAAGGCAAGCUUCCGUUUAUCGAACCGGAUAUAAAAUGCCGCCAGCAGUACAAAUAGUUGAAAGUGAUGUGUAACCCCUAAAGGAAUAAGCAUUUUAAAUUAAAUGAAAAGAGGGCGUUUGAUUCAAAACACGUUUCUAGUUUAUACAUAUACAAAUAUAUACAUUGUUAUUUUCAUAAUGCAUGCGCUGAAGAUUGGGAAUUAGUGCAUACGAAACUAUCAAAAUUCUGCUUUACUACUAGCUCCGUACGUUAUAAGGUGAAGGACGUUUUUGUUGUUGCUGUAAAGCGUCUGCAUGAGAAAAGUGAAAUUUGGACUUACAUUAUCUAGAUUUAGUGAAUGAUAAUGGCUGUACUACACACACACCUUCAUUUAGUUUGUUAUCUGACGUGUGUGACAGUGGUUUCUGCGGAAAUUCAUCGGGCAAAGACUAAUCCUUCGAAAUAUGCCAAACAGGAUGAAUUUUUUUACGUGGACGAUUCACCUCAUCAUCAGGCUCAUUUGAAACUUGAUAAUCAAAAUUUUGCUAGACACGAUUGGUUGGAACUUAAAAUGCAGACUAGCUAUGAGACGUGGAUAUACUCUAUAGGUGGUGCUAUACUUGUGGGUCUCAGUGGCAUAUUCCCCCUUCUAGUUAUCCCCAUCGAAGCUGGGCCUGCGCUAAGACACGGGGCGGCUGCUGCAAGACUGAAGUUGCUGCUGAGUUUUGCUGUUGGUGGACUGCUGGGGGACGUGUUUCUACAUUUACUUCCUGAGGCAUGGCAACACCUCAACAACAAUGGUCACGACCACGAGGGGCACACCAGGCUGGGCCUGUGGGUGAUUGCAGGCAUGCUGUCCUUCCUCAUCAUAGAGAAGAUGUUUGCACAGGAAGGCGAAUUUGACCAUUUGGAGGAUGAAUGUUCAGAGGCUGAGGAAGAAGAAAAAGCAGCUAGAAUCCAUGACAAUUCAGAAUCCACUGCUGGCCUAGUCGAUACGACAGACACAGAUGAGGGGGCCAGACAAAGAACUGUACACAACUAUGCAAACCAUAUCAGCAAUAAACAGAACGGUGUUCAUUCGACAAGUGGUGUAAAAAUUACAGCAAAGAAAGCAGAUAAAUCAAAAGAAAAAGAUAAUAUAAAGGUCAGUGGGUAUUUAAAUCUAGCAGCAAAUGUGAUCGACAAUUUCACACAUGGUCUGGCAGUGGCAGGAGGGUUUUUAGUCAGCAGUAAGGUGGGGUUUAUUACUCUACUUGCCAUACUGCUACAUGAGAUUCCUCACGAGGUUGGAGAUUUCGCCAUCCUCCUACGCUCUGGGUUUGAUAGAUGGAAAGCAGCAAAAGCACAGUUGCUAACAGCAACAGGAGGAAUGCUAGGAGCCUUGACAGCAUUGACAGCUGAUUCUGCACGGUCAGCAGGGGAGAGCACUGCCUGGAUAUUGCCCUUCACAUCCGGUGGGUUUGUGUACAUCGCUCUUGUGACUAUUGUCCCAGAUCUGCUGGAGGAAAAACAUUUAAAGGAGUCAGUGAAGCAGGUGGUGUGUUUGAUAUCAGGUGUGGCAACCAUGUAUCUGGUCUCUUUGGUACAUUAGACAGUCCCUCUCUCCUCUCCAAGGGAAGGGUUUUUGAGCCUGGCCCUGUGAAAACGGGGCUAACAUGUGCGUAACGUGUUGUCUCAGAUAAGCAUGUGCAGUUUGCUAAGGCUAAUCAGGGACGAAACUUUUCGCUUUUAUUGUAUUGUAUUUUUAUUGUAUUGUAUUUAUUGUAUUAGUUUAAAGGAGAACUCUUUUAGACAAACAUCCAGUAAAGGCAGAAAGUGUCAUCUCUGAUUAGCCUGCGGACUGCACAGGCUAAUUUGUUAUGACACUAUACGCACAUGCAUAAAACCCCCUUUUCCCAUAGCAAAGCUCAUAUGUAUCUACGUCAUGCUGUCAUCGAGGCCUUGUGACUUCCUUUACAUAUUCUGUUGUAUAUAGAACUGAUAGAUGCAUCCGCUGUUAAUGACUUUCAGGCAUUAUUGUACAUAAGUUAUUUGAAAUUAUUAUGUAGAGUAAUUUUUUCAUUUAAAAUGAUCAUGUCGACAUGAAAAUCCACAUAAGAAUUUCCAGGGCCUAUCUUAUAUGUGCUAAAGACCUGGGCCAAAAUAGUACGCAAAUAUUGCAAAUAUUCAAUUUCUAAUCUAAAGACUAUGCUUAAAGCUUAGUUACAAAUGUUUGACAGAGAAAUUUGUUUGAUACACUUUAUGAAAAUGCUACGACAAUUUCUAAAAUGCUCCUGUUUGGCUGCACCCUAUACCUUUAGUGACACUUUCUUUACCUUUAAACAGGCAGGUAUACGUGUAUAUAAGUUUUUUAACUAUAUGAGUUUGCGUUAUACGGCUAAUGUGAGCGACCAGACGAGAAACAGUGGAAUAUUAGAAAUAAUGUAUGCUUUAACAUUUGAAUUUGUGUAUGGUUGUUCUGCCCCUGUUAAGUAUGGUAACCUGAAUGUUCAGAAAUAUGUUUGAAUACAAACUGUGUUUAUGUUGUGAAUCAUAUUUUUUUGUGAUGCAAAUAUUUCAUGUGAUGUUGUUGGUUCCGGUGUUUACAUGAAUCAUAUAUUUUUGUCAAAUAUAUAUGUUUGCUCUGAAAAUACUGUACAUAUUUUCAUUAUCGACGAACCCUUUUUGCACUACUUUAACACAAAUAAUUGAAAUGUAUUAUUGUUAUUAUUAUAUCAUGUUACUCACUGAUUUAAGCUUCAAACAAAGAAAUAAAAUACUUAUUAAAUACCCACCAAACUGUGCAAUAAAAAGUACAGAACCUUAUAGGAGCAGCAUUGUAAAAAUAUAGUUUUCAUUUUAUUUGCAAACAAUGAAUCAUGCUAGAAAUGAUAUUAUUUUUGCAUUGUUGUUGUUAUGUGUUCAAUAAGCCAAUGUUUUAUCUGUCUGGUGCAUGGUUUUGAAACCACGAAGGGGAUAGGAAAUUGUUGUUUAUGGGCAAAAAACAAUGAUAAAUACAGAUAUUCUUAAAUAUAAAAUAAAUCCCAAGUUUAUCAUUUUGUAGCAUAUAGUUUAUUAUUAUAUACCUUCUUAAAUCAAAUCAUUCUUUGAAUCCAUGUUUUUACUCUAAACUUAUAUCAUUGGAGGUUGUAAUACACAUUAUAUAAUUGCUUAUUGUUUACAUUUAAAUGCUGAAUUUCUCUGUUGGUAUUUUAUAUGAAAUCCAGGAAUGAUUGCUAAUGGAAUGUUUCUUUCCAAUUUCAAUUUUAAAAUGUGCUGCUUUUUGCAAGCCUUUUUAUUCAUUGAUUGUGAUAUUUGUGAUUUUUAUUAUAUUCUGUCCAAGUGUUUAUAUGCUUUUACGCUCAGGCUGAAAAAAUACAUUUAAAUGAUCUUUUGUCUUAUUUAGCAAAAACUUGAGGCACACUAGAAUAAUCAUUUCAAAAUUGUUCAGAGCAGUUAUAUUCAAAAGAUUUAAUCUGCUUGUACUUUGCAUGACAAAUACAAUAACUGAUAAAACUGAUGGAUAAAUUGAUGUAUUGGUUGCACCAAAACAGUAUGAAUUAAACCAGCGAUAUUUUGGUGUUAAGUGUUUUUAUACCAUGUGUUUUCAUUAUCAUGUGCACUUUGUUGUUUAUUUGACAUGUUAUAUUUUAUAUUGAGUUAAGUUAUUAAAACUUUUGUAUAUUAUGUAAAUUAUAAAAAAAAUGAAAUUUUAUCAGGUGCUAUUAAUAACAAAACAAUUGUACAGUUUAUGAAAUGUUUAUUCCUUUUCUUGUUGCAUUUAUUUUUAGCUCAACUUUUUGAAGAAAAUGUGAGCUACUCUACUCAACCCGGAAUUGUUGUUCAGGCUAGGUUAAACUCGGUGCAUAGAAAUCAUAGUAAUUUCAGUAUAUUCAAUGAGGUUCAGUCAUUGUUUAAUAUUUCCAAUAAUAAGAAAAAUGCUCCCCAUUAAGUAACUAAAAACAUGAAUUCUUCUUCUUCCGGUAAAGGUCAGGAGUCUUGAUAGACUGUUAUUCCUUUACUCUACAAACCAUUACACACAACUUGUCAGUAACUAGGGAAUACAUAUACUUUGUACUUGUAAAACGAGUUGAGCCUGCUGUAUUGUAGACAGUUCUUGUUGUUUCUACCAGUGUCUUGUAAACGUAUCAUCUAUUGGUAAGGCAAUGUCUACAGGCUGUGUCAAAUUUGAGCGUAUUAAAAUGAAUGUUGGCUGAUAAUAAUAGAAUAAAUUUGUUGACUCUUAUUAAAGUUAACAGAAAGCUUUUAAUUUCAAACCAAAGUAACUUUCAAAGUGCAUUUUUAACUUUUGAAAUGUACCCGAAAAAAUAGUUUUAUAAAAAAUGCUCGAGACAAUAUGGAUGGUUUGUUGUUGCCUUAUUUAUACUUUACUACAUUGAAUACAAUAUAUAAAAAUGUAUCAAUUAAAAUACUCACGCAGGUCCUCUGUUUAUGCAAAUUUGUAAAAGAAGUUAUAAAUUGUUGUUAAGAAAAUUUGUUUACCUUUUCAUUUAAUGUGUGGUGAUUGUUCUAACACAUUUUCAUUGCUAUUAACAUACUUGUAACACAAUGUUGUUGAAAUCCAUCGAUACACGACAUAAUGAAGUGUUUUUGGUGCGUCACGUUGGGUUCAAUAACAAAGAAACAAAGAGUAUUUGUAUGCUUGUCUACCAAAAUGUCCACUAUAAUCUUUUAUGGAAAAACAAAGUCUGUUAGAUAUCACACAUAUUCUAUGAAAACCAUAUGCCUUUUGCCAAAAGUUAUGUGUCUUGAUUGUUAGCUAUCAUGGUUUGUUACAAUUUAGUAUUUUGUUAUAACCGAUAGUUAUGUAUGCAUUGUUCCUUUUUUAACACCAAAUUACGCAUGAACUACCUUAUUCUUGUGAUUUUGAAAUGAUACAAUUUUAACAUUUUUGUGAUAAUAGCGCUUUGACACAUUGGUCAGUGACUUUGUUCUUGUUUGUUUGCAAAAUAUCAAAAUAAAGGAAAGGCAUUAAGUUUUAAAA